CUUCGUGCUGCGACAGUUGCCUUUCAGAAACCGUUGGAUGAAGUUUACUCGUGUGGUUUGUUUGUAACGCGUUUGUCAACCUAACCGUUUUUUUUGUUCAUUGAUGAAAACUUUUUUCGGUUACACAUUUCUGACUCCUGAAGUUUUUCGUUUCUUUGUGAUGGUGGUGUGAAUAAAUGAGCACAGUGGUUAUUAAUUAUAUGUUCAAAAGUGAAAACUGAUGAAGAAACGUGAAGUGAAACAGUUGUUAAAAGAAUUGAAAAGAUUGUGUGAUUGAACAAUAAUAAAGGAAGAUAAUAAAGCUUGUUGGAUAAAUUGCAAAAUGAAGUGAGCGAAAAAUUCAGAGUGAAAAAUUAAUUGAAAGUGAUCUUUGAUAUUUUGGAAAAAAAGAAAUUGUGAUAGAAAAGUGCGAAUUUUAUCUCGAGUUGAAAUUUGACCUCGCGUUCGGAUAGUGAAAUUUGGUGUUUGCUUCAGCGGCUGGAUAGCACGGUCCUUGCAAAAGACGAAAAAGGGAGCGAUCGGAAAAAAAGUCUGAUCUUCAGUUUCGUUCUUAACCAGUGGUUGGAUUUUGUCGGACAGGUUCGAGCACAACUUGACCUGAACUUGAGCGUUCAACUGCUCCUCCGAUUCGUUCCUUAUACGGUAGACUGGAGGACACCAUCUGCCGGUUAGCUAGGUCGCAGUAAUUGCACCGAUUGGAACGACCGGGUAUUUCCACCUCCUAGCACUGUUCCGACCGCGAGAGAAUUACAACUGCUGAUGUCAGGUCACGACGACGAGCGGUGCCGAGUGUUUCAAUUUAAGAGAUACUAUCCUGUUCAAUUUUCGACUACAAUGUAAACUGGAUCAUAUUCCCUAAGCGAUUCUGACUCAACGUAGCAUCAGCCCGCAGAAACCGAAAGCGACAACUUAAAAUGGAUACCAUAGAGGAACUCGUAGUAGUGACGCAGGUGAUUGAAGACGGUGAGGGUAAAAUCCUGAACGAGCUCGAAUUGACUAAAUCGUCGGACACGGAUGCAGCGGCGGCCUCAUCGUCGCAUGAGACAACUAAAUGCUCGCAGGAUUCUUCUUUCAAUGUACGGGACUAUGACUGUUCGUCGCUGGUAGAGGAUCCAGCGGUGGGGAGAGAUCUAGUGACUGAUAUUAUCGAGCUUAUAGGCGAUGACGUUGACGGAGGCAAUUCACAACCGUUGGUGGACGGUGAUGUCGUUAAGGUGUUGAACGGAGGUGAUGGAAGCGAUAGCGGAGUGGAGUUCGGAGGAAUCAUGGGUUCACUGAACGAAACUGGGAUCUUACAGCGAGCAUUAAGUAAUAACAGUGCCGGUUAUGCGAGCAGUUGUUGCGGGUUGGAAGAGGGCAACGGUGUCAGUGUGUCAUGUAAUUCUAGUGUGAUAAGUUAUAGUUCGGAUGUGUAUGAUAAGACCGGCAGUACAAUAAUUCUCGGUAGUAGAUUGAGUAAUGAUUACUGUGCUAGUGAAGGCGGAAGUGAAAGUUCAUCUGUGACGGGUGGUCCGGUUAGUUCUUUACGCAAACCCGGAUGUACCACCAAGAAAAAGGUUGCUAUGAAAGAACCUUUGACAAAUCGGUCUCCCAGAAAAUCCAGCGAAAGCUGCUCAUCAGCUAGAAGUAGUUCGCGAUCAAGAACUUCGUCCUUGGGAAGAUCAGUGUCGUUGAACUUGAAAACGCCUCCGACUUCCGCAAUGAAUGUCCGAGAGCGAGCUAGAUCUCGAGAGAAAAUAAGUGCUUCCAGUACAAGUAGCAAUAGAACGCCGUCGACAUCUAAACCAAUUGUUCCUACGAAGCGGCCACCGAAACCAGACUCGUUGCCAACCGGUAUUAAGGAGGGGUCUCCAGCUAUCCAGCGGUCGACUUUAUCUAGAACUCCGUCGGUGACAAGAGGUCGAACACCGCUGGGAACUCCCACGGACGAUGGUCGUUGGCCGUCCGUUGGAGGUAAAGGUACGAUGGCACCUAGAUCUACCUGUAGGGCCAGCUCCGCUGCUGUAGAUGGAAUUUCCAUAAAAACACGUGUUGGUACUCUUGCCUUGGAAGGUAAAGCCAGCAGCCCACUGGACAAAUUUGGAACACUUCCUCGCCGUCGAAGAGAAAGGUCUGCCGAUGAAUUGAAAGUUGGUAGCCCUCGGAGUGAUUCUUUGACUCGUGAUCAGAAUCGUAUGACAACCUCGCUUAUCAAGAAACUUCCAUCGACUAAACCAGAAAUACCAACCAGAACGCUUCCUAGCUAUCCAAGACUGGCCGGUGUGACCAAAAAAAUAAUCCAAAAGACGAAAAUUUACCACGAGACUAGCGUUCAAACUGCGAUGACAUGUAAAGACGUAGAAGAUGCUUUUAAUGGCAAAGCCAAAGACAUAAAGGUGGAUGCGGUAGAGACCAGUCAAAAGGCUACCCAAUCCGAUAUUCGUGACAAGGAGAUGGAUAAACUGGAAGAAAAACUUAAAAAACUUACCGCCGAGUAUUCCACGCUGAUGACGAAACACUCUGAGAAAAGUCAGAUGGUCACAGCAUUGGAGCAAAAGUUACUGAAAGAACGCGAAGAAAAGCUCGCGGCACAAAAAGAGCUCCAGAACAACAGCGAGCGCGUAUUGGGGAUGCUCGGAUCGGUACAGGGAGUGGCAGUUGAUACGGGUGGCGAGUGUGAUAGUUUACUAAUGCUGGAAUCUCAGCUUCAAAUGUCCGGCUCAGUGCUGGAAAAGAAGCAGGAACAAAUCAUCAAACUGCAAAGUAUUUGCCGCACCCUACAGAUGGAUAUGGAAAAAUCCCUGAAAAACCAGGAAGAAUUGUUGAGACAGAAGACUGAGUUGGAGGAAGAGUCAAGCGAAAUGCAGGAUUUCCUCCAAGCCGAAAAAGCAUCCUGUAUGGAUGCUCUGAAGGAGGCAGAACUGGAAGUUUCCCAACUAAGACAGUCCCUGAUCCAAAGGGAAUGUGAAAUCGAACGACAGCAGGAAGAGUGUCGCCAUUUGGUUCGCAUUGGCGAACAGCGGCGACAAGAGUUUCUCGGAAUGCAAGCCAAAUACAAUGCGUUGGAAAGUCGAUCGAAGGAUAUAUUGUUACAGCAAGGAACAGCCGUUUCGGGAGCAUCGGUGGCACUGUCCGGUUUGGGAUCGAGACUCGACCAUCUGGUUGAGCAGUUGAUUGCCUCCUAUAACAUUUCCGAGCAGGAUCUGGAGGAUGUAAUUUACCACAACGAAGCGUACACCAACAGUAGCAGUUGUGAUGGUAGCCCGCAGGGUGAACAACCGACCGGUAACAACAAACAUUGCGGUGAUCUACAGCAGUGCCAACAGCAACGCCAAGAUGCUGUCCAGAAAACAAUCUCGAACGAAACACCGCUUUCACCGCAGCGUGGUCACUCGUUCAUUGCUGCUGUAAUCAGUGCGAUCCGAAAUGCUACCAGUAAGUCAGCUGCACUCAAAUCAAGCACUUCCGGUGCAGUCUGCAAGGAGAGGAAGGAAAUGUGUGGGCUUGAAUCCGAUUCAACGGAAAUGCUUGAUUCAGAAACCGAACCAUGCCUGAUGAUGGACAACGUUCUGGAGGAUGUGACGAUGCCGGAUUCACAUUCUCACAAUAUGGUUUCAUCGUCGACGCGAAUUUCGCAGAUCGAGAUGCCGUCUUCGCUUGAGAGCGGUGCCAAUGUGAUGAUGUCGCACGACGAAUCGUUGGACAAUCUUUCACAGGCAAUCACAAACCGGCAGCAGAUUGAGUUCCAGUCCAGUAUCAUCGCUAGUGGCCGAUCGCCACGUUUCCGUCAGUCGUGUGGCACCGAACAGCGGACAGCCGGGGCCGAUCAUACCACCGCUAGUCAUUCCUCGUCGCUGGAGGACGAUGAAAACAGCUGCUGCGCGGAGGCUUCGGCUGCCGAAAUGCCGUCGAUCUGUGAGUAUUGCAAUGCCCAAUCGCUGGUCGAUCAGGUCAUCGAUGUGGACAAUUUGAUCACGAAGCUGCUGAAGGUGUUGCGAAUUGUGCAGAUGGAUAACGACCACUGCAUACAGGAGUUGAUUAGUCACAAAAACAGACUUGCUUUAACCAACGAAGAGAUUCAAGACCGUGUCAAGGAGUACGAAGAGCUGAAUGAAAAACUGAAAGACGAUCUCAAGGAUGCCUCACAGCAACUUAUUUGUCGUGGUAAUGAAAUUGCCAAGAGUAAAACGGAAUUACAAACCCAUCGAGCGGAGAUUGAUAAACUAAAUGAAGACAUAUGCCAGCUAAGCACACUUUGUAGUAACAAUCGAAACAGUAAUUGCUCCGGGUUGGUAAUUAAUCGUGAGGACAUUAUUAGUGCACUGAAAUCGUGGAACGAAAAUGAUUCCGUUAUGGAGAAGGAUUUGAUUAAUCACGUAGUACAAGCGUGUAACGAGAUUCCCAAACUGAAAGCAAUGCUUUGCGAGAAGGAACAACAGCUGGCUUCGUUGACUUCUCGUAGCGGUGGUGACAAAACCGGAUCCAGUAUGAUGAUGACCGCCAGCUGGCACCAAGCACUGAGUGAGGCUAAGCGCCAGUAUGACGCCAUUGAUAGGGCGCUUGAAACUCUGCAUAGCAUUCAGUCAAUUGUCCAAGAAACACCCGUCCUAAUGCAGCUGCAACGCGAUCUAGAGGAAACGAACUUCCAGGCCCUUCCGCUGGUGUCUCUUCCAACCCAUCUGGUUGCCCAUCAAAACGGCAACGGGGUGUCCCCGAAUGCCCUCGGAGCAGCCUGUAUUGAUCUGAAUGCCAAUCAAACUGGUACCACGAAUGGUGUAUCCGCUGCAGCCGGCCUGCAGCUAAACCAGCCAGACUUUAUUGAUUCGACUGCAUGAAAUUAGACUUUACUCUCCCCACUAUCCUAGCCCCAUUGGUAAGGGAAGUGACCUGGACUAGUAAGUCAUAAUUUUGGUUAAUUAUAAGCAGUCAGCAAAGGUAGAUAGCAUGAUUGGAAAAUGUUAAGUUUAAGGUUUAAUAUAAAUUGAUAAAAAGUAUUGUGAUCAAAACUCCAACUAGGACUAAUAAAUUAUUUUCGAGUUCAACAACAGUCGUAGCAACCGUCGGAAUUCAAACUAACACUUCUAGUAGCAAAAAUUUAAAGGGUUCAAGAGUUCAAAAAAUAAAACUUCAAAUCGAAAUGCAGGAGAUUAGAGUUUCAAAGUUUCUUUGUUAGCAGUAAAACUAAAUACUUAGACUAACAGUAGAAAUUUAAAAACUAAACGACUUUUUGACCUGAAACCAAAAGUCGACAUAUUUUCCCUACAAGCAACAACAGCAGCAUUUCUACGUUUGUCAAUUGCUAUUUUGCCGUAAUCGUCAACAGCCAAAUCCGAUUGUCUUCGUAUUUUCUCGACUUUAUCUAUCGUAAUUUGCGCACCAGUUCACGUUUACAGAGCAACAUAAUUUAUCUUCACCAAACCAAAAACCCCGCCCACAUUGAUAGGACCUUUUCUCGUGGCUUGAGAAAAGCAUCUCUGCUAUCUUAUUACCACCCACUUUCCAACCCGUUCGGCACAACAAACAAAACAGAUGAAAGCGCGACCACGAACCGGCACAAAUGUAGUAUUCAACAUUAUAAUUUCUAGCUUUCACUUGGUUUGCAUAACCUGUCAAACUUUACGAAGACUAGAAGCUUUUGGCACCUCUCCGUCGACCUAAAGUCGAGAAAAGGGCUUCAAUGCAAUCGAGAAAAAGGCGAAACAAAUAUUCAUUUUUUUUCGCGAAACCAAUAAAUACACGAAUAUUUGAUGAUAGUAAAGACGUCCAAUUGUACAACCGCAUUAUGUAAGUGAUAACAUAGAGCUUAGAAUUGAUUGUAUUGCCUUAUUUUAAGUCAUCAUAUUUAAUGACAAAUUAUAUGUUUGCGAUUUUGUAAAGUAUGUAAAAAAAAUAUCCGCUUUCCCAUUCCUAUUUCUCGAUAAUUAAUUUGUGUAAUGAUCCUUUGCCUGGAAACAUAUUUUUGUUUAGUGGCCGAUUAAUAAAUAUUACGGUGGUUUCCACGAGAAACCCGUCUAAAUCGGAAGCAAACACAUAGACAGGUAAGCGAAUUCUAGUUUUAAAAUUUGAGAGAAAAAAAACAAUGCUGUUGAAUUUGUGAGAUAAACAUGCCAUUCAAGGAUUUUAAAACUAAACCUAAUCCUGUACGCUAAAUCCAAUAACUUAUUGAAAUCGAUAUUUGAUAUUGAAAGUCUACUACAUUUCUGUAAUUAAUCAAUAAAGCAUCUCUAUGAGACAACAAAGUGUC